GACAGUCAGGGCGUUUGGAGGGGGAUUUAGGUCUCUUCCUCUCCGUCUUUUCUCUCGCUCAAACUUAAUAUUUAGAUACAGUCCGGUGCGGUGCAGCGGAGCGGUCUGGGAACAUGAUGGCGGGGUGCAGGUUUUGGAUAUUUGUUGGCGUUGUUGUAACUAUCCUCGAGACUCUAAUGGUUCAGGUGCACUGUAAUGAGGAGGUGGAGCUGAUCGGUGACUUGUUCAAAGACUACAACAAGAACAUUCGCCCGGUGAAGCAUCCUGAUGAUAAGCUGAACGUCGAUCUUAAGCUGACCCUCACCAACCUCAUCUCCCUGAAUGAAAAGGAGGAGACUCUAACGACCAAUGUGUGGAUUCAGAUUCAAUGGAUAGAUUAUCGCCUUAUGUGGAACACAUCUGACUAUUACGGCAUCGACACUAUUCGUGUCCCAUGCAACAGUGUUUGGCUUCCUGACAUUGUCCUUGAGAACAACAUUGAUGGAAAGUUUGGCGUGGCGUACUACGCCAACGUGCUGCUCGGCGCCAGUGGUACUAUUUUCUGGCUGCCGCCCGCCAUCUAUCGCAGCACGUGCUCCAUCGAGAUCACCUACUUCCCAUUUGAUUAUCAAAACUGCACACUAGCAUUCAGAUCCCAGACAUACAGUGCCAAUGAAGUGGUCCUCCUCUUGGCUUUUGACGACGAAGGUGAAACCAUGAUUGAGUGGGUGGAUAUCGACCCCCAGGCUUUCACAGAGAACGGCGAGUGGGCCAUUGUCCAUCGUCCGGCCAGGAAAAUGAUCUACGAGCGCUACACCCCAGAUGACCUGGAGUAUCAGGAGAUCUUGUUCAAUAUUGUCAUCCAAAGGAAGCCCCUCUUCUAUGUCAUCAACAUCAUCCUGCCCUGCUCCCUCAUCUCCUCUCUGGUAGUGCUGGCCUACUUCCUACCUGCUCAAGCCGGUGGACAGAAGUUGACGGUUUCAAUCUCCGUCCUGCUCGCUCAGACUGUCUUCCUCAUCCUCAUCGCUCAGAAGAUCCCUGAGACCUCUCUCUCUGUGCCUCUCAUUGGCAAGUACCUGAUCUUUGUCAUGUCCGUCACUACGCUCAUCGCCACAAACCAGAUUGUGGUGCUGAACAUCUCGCUGCGCACCCCCAGCACUCACAACAUGCCCCGUUGGAUCAAAAUUCUAUUCCUGAAAUGGUUACCUCGUUUCCUGGGCAUGCCCCCGCUGGUGGACGACAGCGAGGAGGUCGUUGUGAACGGCGUGACGGAGCGGCGCCGCAGCUCCUUCGGCCUCAUGCAGAGAGCAGAGGAAUAUGUGAUGAAACAACCCCGGAGCGAGAUGAUGUUUGACAGACAGAGACAGAAGCAUGGGCUCUCACAAUCAGUUUUGGAUCAUUUGGAUAUCAGCAGCACAGCCAACCUGUACAAGAGCUUGGCGCAGACUGCACCCGAAAUCAAGCAAUGUGUCGACGCCUGCAACUUCAUAGCCGAGAGCACGAGGCAGCAAAAUAACAUCGGAUCUGAAAUAGAAAGCUGGGUGCUGAUUGGAAAGAUGAUCGACAAGGUUUGUUUCUGGGUCGCCAUCUCUCUUUUUAUCAUCGGCACGGUGGCCAUCUUCUUAUCAGGACACUUCAACCGUGCUCCUGAAUUUCCUUUUUCUGAUUCGAGCAGAACAUAUUUACCACCUUUAAAAAUGUAAACAAGAAAACGUUUUUGCUCUGAUGAAACCUUUCCAAGGUGCCUUAUGCUGUCAGUAAGGAUGAGGGAUGUUUCUUAUUGAGUCGCGGGCUCAGAUUCAGGGUUGAGUUAGUUAGAGCUUUAAUAACCGAAGACUUGACAACAGUCUCUGUGUUUAUGUUCUAGGAUUAGUCAGGCAGCGGAGCGAUUUUCAUUCAAACUUACAACUUAGCUGUUCAUCUUAGCGUACGUUUGUUGGAUGUAUACAUUACAUUAGUGGAUCAGGUCUCAUUUAAAAGUUAUGUUUUAAAUCAUAAUUAUCAAGUAUUCCUAUGAUGUGGUUUGUUGUAUAAACAGUAUGAGUGUUUGGAGUAUUUGAAGGUUAAUCAUGAAGGUGAUUCACCGCCAUGCUGAGAAAUGUUAUUUAUCUUGAUGCAAAGGCAUUAUUGCAUUACAUGGAGCCAUACAGCUGUGUAGAACUAAGUUUUAAAAUAGCAAUAAACAAGGUUUCUUAGCUGAUUUUAUGUGAAACAUGUGUCCAUCUCUAAAGGGCGUUAUAAUAGUCAUCCAUGUAUUACAUAAUCUGAUAAAGUCUGUAUAAGUUUCCCUGCGUGUAGUCUUACUUACUUGGAAAACCUGCACAUGUAACUGGGACAUUGUCUUGAUUUUGUGCCAUGUUUUUAAAAUAAAUUCAUUA